CGAAUUAUUUAUGUUUUUAUAUAACAAAUGUCCUAUCAGUGGCCUAGCUAAAGGCAGCUUUGAUAAGUGUGUCGCAGUAAGAUUAUUGUCGUUGCGACAAAGCUAAAAGUUGUGUCUGUACGUAAAGCAGAUCAAAGUAAAACGAUUAAUAAUGCAUGACCUGUACCUUCAUUAGAAACUUUAUUGCAGUACUAAGGCUAAAAAGGAAGUUUGUAAACGGAAGGUUCCGAGCAGUUUUACACAGGAAUUCGUAACGUAUAUCUGGAUCUGUGUGUUUUAUUUUACUCCACUUAAGGGCAGACGGAUGAAUAUUGUAAUUUUGGUUUCUACCAAGGACCACAGUGCAGGAAUUGGUCUGUUCAGCAGUGAUACGUUGAGAAGACCGAAUUUACAGUUUUCAUUGUUCUCCGUAAUCGACUGAACACAUUCUUCGAACAAGUGGAUAACGAUGUACGCGGGGCGGAGUCUCGGGUACUACCCCAGGUCAUCAACAGGCAAGAUCAGUUUAGGCAGCAUCUUCACGGUGGAGGACAAACAGGAUAAGAUGAUGCUCAAAGAGAUCCUUGAGAAGAAAUUUCGGCCUAUAUUUCAACAAUUCGUGUACGGCGGCGAGCAGAUGGCGAUUCACGACUUGCGACGUCUGCUGGAUGACGACAACUACAGACGGUAUAUCCCCGAGGACAGGCUGUACGUUCUGAUGGAUCUCGUCACCUUCAAUCCAACCACGUCCAUGUCGUACGAAACUUUCUUCAACAUAGUACUGAACGAAGGUGACGACAGCAGCUCGCUGGCGACGUCAAUCGGCUCUGACGCUCACCACUACACGCAGAAACCUGGCGGCGGCGGCAGCGGCAACGGCAGCGAGCAGAACUGGCUAAACGUGGUGGUCACCAACAUCGCGCCACAGAAAGAGAUCGACGAUUUCCUGCCCAAGUACAGAUUCUGUCCACCUCCUUUCUUCAUGAUCACCAUCACUCUCGUUCAGAUAAUUAUGUACGUCGUGGCCGUGGCACAGCUAAACGGCGAAGGCGUCCCACGAUUCAGCCCGCUGAUAUACCUUCCGACCAAACGACACGAAGUGUGGAGGUUCUUCACAUACAUGUUCUACCACCAAGGGUACAUUGAUCUCCUUUUCAACGUCAUCAUUCAGGUCGUUGUUGGGUUUCCUCUCGAAGUUGUCUUCUCUUGGUGGCGACUUUUCAUCGUUUACAUCUGCGGGGUUAUCACCGGCUCUUUGAUACAGUCGGUGACCGACCACUAUGUUGGUUUGGUAGGAGCCAGUGGCGGGGCAUACGCCAUACUGACAGCCCACGUCAUGGCUAUGAUAUAUAAUUGGUCCGAGCUCAAUAAUGACCCAAACCAGAGCAAGUGUCGCAGGAGGGCCUGUAACGUUCCCCUGAGAGUAAUUGUAAUCAUUCUGGUCGUGGCAGUGCAGGUUGGACUCGGUGUGUACAGACGGUUUCUCCGUCCCGAUUAUGUGAAGUUCGGUAUUGCUGCUUAUGGAGGGGGAGUUCUGGCAGGUUUUCUGCUUGGUAAACCGUUCAUGAAAGAUCGCAGACGAUAUCCGUGGCAGCAGAACGCUGGGUGGUUGGAUCUGUUUAUUUUCAUCGCCUUUGUUGGCGGCUGUGUUAUUUUCAACAUCGUAUUCCGAGGCUACCCGGCCACGAUCUACUAACAUCAACUGUUACACGUGGCGUGUUCUACUUGGCGAGCACCCCAUGACUGGUUUCCAUAUUACCCUAUUACAUUUAACAGAAACACUAAAAAAAACAGUAGAGUAAGUAACAGCGAGCGCUCGACCACCCGAACACGCUUCUGAAAUUGAUUAAAUCAUCUUAGACUGGUCUAGAGUGUCGCGUGCAGGGUUCAAAGUGAACGGUGUUGUACCGUACACCUCCUGCACUAGGAAUUCAACAUUAGUGUUACAGAGGAAUCGACAGUUUUACGAACAACAAUAAUAAUGGUUAGCCGUUAUCCAUAGACGCUUCAAGAAAAUGAGGUAAUCGUGGCCCAGUGAAAGGGAAAGUUUGUUUUCUUUAACGACAUCACUAGAGCACAUUGAUGUCUUAAUCAUCGGCUACUGGAUGUCAAACAUUUGGUAAUUUUGACAUUUAGUCUUACAGAGGAAACCCGCUACAUUUUCCCAU